UAUAUAUAUAUACUUAUAUUAACACAAUGCUGACAAAUCAGAAACAAUUCAUUCCAUAUUUCAAUUAUAUUUUCAAUUGAUUGUUUACAAUCAUUGUUUUAAAAUUAAUCUAAGCAUUCUAUAAUGUUUUAUUUAAAAUAAAGUUUGAAGAAUAUCAAGAAUAUUACACAUUUGUAUUACAUAUAUUUAUACGCUAUUUGCGUAACACAUGUUGUGUGAUUAUUAAUGUGCUUUGUCGAUUUAUCAAAAGAUAAUUUUUUAAAUUUUCUUGUUAAAAAAUGCCUAAAUCGAAAAGAGAUAAGAAAAUAUCUCUUACAAAAACAAGUAAAAAGGGACUUGCCUUGAAGCAACAAAUUGUGGAAGAUGUUAGGAAUUGUGUUGAAAAAUAUGCUAGGAUAUUUCUUUUAUCCGUACACAAUAUGCGAAAUAAUAAACUUAAAGAUUUACGUUCAGAAUGGAAAGACAGCCGAUUUUUUUUUGGUAAAAACAAAGUGAUAGCAUUGGCUCUAGGCAAAUCAUCGGAAAAUGAAGUUGCAGAAAAUCUUCAUAAAUUAUCAUUAGCUUUAAGAGGACAGUGUGGCUUAUUAUUUACAAAUAGAAGUAAAAAAGAAGUAUUGAAAUGGAUGAGGGAAUAUGAGGAAAUAGAUUAUGCUAGAUCUGGGUUUAUUACACAAGAAACUAUAACAUUACCUGAAGGUCCAAUACCAGAUUUUUCACAUAGCAUAGAACCUCAUUUAAGACAAUUAGGAAUGCCUACGGCUUUACAAAAAGGUGUUGUAACAUUAAUCAAAGAAUAUACUGUAUGUAAAAUAGGACAAGCAUUAACUCCAGAACAAGCAAGAAUUUUGAAAUUACUUGGUAAGCCUUUAGCUACAUUUAAAUUGAUACCAUUAGGUGUAUUUUCUAAAAAAUAUGGAUAUAAACAAUUUAUAUCUCAAGAUGAUGUCAAAGAAAAUUUAGAAGAACAAAUGGCUAUGGAAGAAAUAGACGAAAUUGAUAAUAUGUAAAAAAAUACAUAUAAAUUUAUAUAUAUGUAUAUAUAAAUAAAUUAUAAUUUUCAUUCUAA